AUGUCGCCCAUGACCUCCAUGGCCGUCAAGGCCGCCCUCCUUCUCCUGCCGUUCGCAUCCGCGGCCUCCAACGACACCUACUCCCGUAACGGCCUUACCUGGUCCCGCGGCCUCCGCAUGAACCAGAUCCAGGUCGUCGGCACUCACAAUUCGUACCACCGUGAGGCUCCUCUCGAGGAGCACCCUACGCAGGCCGGUAUUCUUCCCUCGGUGGAGAACUACUACUAUUCUCACCCGGCCCUCGACAUUCAGGCGACAUACCAGUCUAUUCGCAACUUUGAGCUUGACAUUUUUGCCGAUCCCGAGGGCGGCCACUAUGCCUCCCCGAAAAUCCGCGAGUUGGCCAACCUUUCCACCACUCCCGAUCCGGAACUUCAGCAGCCUGGUAUCAAGGUCAUGCACGUAGCUGACGCGGACUAUCACACCACCUGCAAAACCUUUGUCGGGUGCUUGAAUAUCGUGAAGACAUGGAGCAAGGCGCAACCUGACCAUGUCCCCAUCCCCUUCAUGAUCGAGUUCAAGACUUCCGAGGCGAUGAUCGCUGAACUCGGCGGAGCCUCCGUGAUCCCUUGGAAUGACACCAAGCUGCUUCAGGGGCUCGACGACGAGAUCCGUAGCGUUUUCGGUCCCGAAGACCUCGUAACUCCCGACGACAUCCGCAGAGGCAACUUGACCCUGGAACAGUCCGUUCUGCAGCACGGCUGGCCUGACCUGGAGAGUGCCCGUGGGCGCGUGCUUUUCCUCAUGGACAACGGACCUGUCCACCCCGUCCGUGACGCUUACACCGCCGGCAAGCCCAACCUCGAGGGCCGUGUUUUGUUCACCAACUCCGCCCCGGGUGAAUCCGACUGUGCUUUCCAGAAGCUCAACGAUCCCACCGGUACGGAGCAGGCCAACAUCCAGCAGCAGGUGAAGGCCGGCUACUGGGUUCGCACCCGCGCCGAUAUUCCCCUCGACACUCUGCUCUCCAACGACACCACCGGCAUGCGCAAGGCGGCCUUCUCCAGCGGCGCCCAAAUCGUUUCCACUGAUUUCCAGGCCUACGGCAUGAGCACCCGCUGGAAUGUUGACUACGCUGUUCGUCUUGCUGGAGGUGCUGCUGCUCGCUGCAACCCGAUCACUGGAGGUGCGGGCUGCGAUGAUUCCAAGCUUGAGCCUGUCGAGUAUGUUCGCAACUAG